CCGGAAGGGCGGGAAUUUCAAACAGGCGGAGCUGCUAACGGACGUGCCUUUAAAAUAAUUGUUUACGAAGUAAUUAUUUUUCUUUUUGAAGACAAGAAUCAUUGGCGAGCUAUAAAUACAGGAACUGAAAUGACAUCUGUGGACCUGCAAGAUGUAUCAACUCAACUGAACAACAAGAUAACUUCUAUCAAAAGGUCUAUGCAGCUCAAAAACAUGUGUAAUGACCCUUCACUUACAAGUGUUCUGCAGAAGAUUGGCCUGGAAUUGUCUAGCAUUCGGGAUGUAUUGGACAUUUUUCAAAUGCAGAUACAACAGCAAAAAACUGAACUGAGAUCUCUCCAGGAAAUGAAAAAUGCAGUCCAAAGAAAUGCUGAAAUAGCACAUCAUUUGCUAGAAAAUAUCCCAGCUCAUCUACCCAAGAAAGCUGUUGAAGCUAGCACAGUAGAUGCAAAAGAUGUAAAAGUCCAAAAGGUUACUGCUAGUUCUGAACCGGAAAAGAAUUCUGUCAAGAACAAACAUUUUAUUCGUGAAAUGGAAUAUCUGUUAAUGGAUGAAUUCAAUCAGGUACCUGGGUACAUGAAAGGCCGAAUGACCUAUGAUCAGAUCAAUGCUGUGGUUAAGGAGAUCAAUGCCACAGUGAAAGCCAAGUACAAAAUCCUAAACCAGCCAAUGAAAUCCAUGUCGAACACUACUCGUAACCAAUACCAUGCUUUUAAAGAACAAGAAACCAAGGAAACGAAAGGUCAAUAUUUCUUCGUGGAAGCUGACAUUAAGGAUUUCACCCGCCUUAAGGUUGACAAGAAAUUUCACGUAAUCUUAAAUAUUCUGCGACAUUGCCACCGUUUGCGGGAAGUCCGUGGGAAUAAUCUUGUGCGCUAUGUGUUACUUUAAGGAGAUUGUAAAUUACUUCAGUAUUCUUAAGCCACAUAAAUCCUAAUGUUCAAAAGAACUGUGGGCAAGUUACUUUACAACAGGGAAUUAUAUUUGACUUAUUAUUUACUCCCUCUCCUAUUAUUGUAAUAUGGUCUUCAUCUGAUAACUUGUUUCUUUCCACUAACCUAUCAAAACAUGUUUAAAGUAUAUUUUUCUGCUUUACCAUCACUUAGGUAUCCCAAUUUCACACACCAUACUUUGCAUACAGAUUCAUACUGAAUGAAAGUUGAGAAGCUAUGUUGAAAUCCUGUUAUCUCAGCACCAUUUGUUUUGAAUGGUGUUGCAUUUAAUUCUGCUCAUUUGAAGUGCUGUGCGUCACUUCAUACAAUCGGCAAAUGAAGUAGAUCUUAAACUUGCUCUUGGGCUGGGUGACCAUGAGAGAGGAUGCAAGAAUAUGUCCAACUGAAGUGUGAAUGAAAUGUCUCCUGAUAUUACAGUGCAGGAAUUUAAAUACAUAUCACUGUUUAAAGUGACUACCUUUUGAAUAUGAAUUCAUCUGAAAGUUAGAUGUUUGAUCCUCUAUUUUGACCCCAGUCUAGCAGACUGCUCAAUGGUGGAAUUCUGUUGAAUUAACCAAAGAUCAUUUUUGUAUCCUUUUUGUGGAUCUCUGCUCUUUAAUGUUAUUUGAAAUAUUUCAGCAUAAUCAGUAGUAUCUGAUGUGAUUUUUCAAAUGUGUAUCUAAAAAGUCUUUAAGUCUACUGUGCUGUUUAAAGCUUGUGUUCAGUAAUGUACUUAUUAUUUUAACAAGGUCAAAAAACUUUCACUGCCUUCCUGGCUCUGAUAUUAUCCAAUCUACUGAUUCUGUAUUCGUAAUAUAUUUUGACUAGUUAAUCUUUGAAAAUGACUUACUGCCAACCUUUCAGCAAGCAUUGCAACUUUUAAAAACCCUGGUACAGGACAAUGCAACUUUUGUUUGAAUACUUUUCAACAUAUAAAAAUCACAAAGUGCAUUUCACAAGGCCUUUAGACUAGAUGGGGAAAAAGAAAACAAAAUCGUUUGAUGGAUGCAAGGCCACAAACUAAAGUUUAGGUGGGUAACUAAAAGCCGAGUUUGGACAUGAAUGGAGAUUAGCUCACAGCUGAUAAAAAUGCUCAGGGCUGUGCAAAAACACGAGGUUCAGGUAAGUGUAACAAAAUGAAGCUGAUAUAAAGCAACAGUGCUGUCCCAGCUGGAGCCCUUUCUUCAGUACGGGAUAGUGAUGUAUAACAAAUGGCUGCUGUUAAUGGGAAGAUUUUCCUAUUUAGCUGCCCUUGGAUGCACUGGAUUACUUAAGGACAAUGGUGGGUCAGUUGUUGAGAGAGAUUUUCAUGCCUGUAACAGACCCACUGAUUUUUUUGGUUUUAUAUCAAUAAUGGACUUAAAACUUUGUUACUACUAUUGAAUCCUCCAUGUCAAUUGGCUUUUAUGCACAGUGUUCAAGUAAUCCAAUGCUUCUAUCUGCAAUAACACAAAGUACAUUAAUGCACUAUUUUAAUCAUGCAACAGUGUGAGUAUAAUGUCUUUUAACUUGUUAAAAAAUUAUAUAAUUUUGGAAUUGACCGCUAGUGGAAAUUAAACUUUAAAAUUUUGAUAGAUAACGCUGUGGAGCUGUAGGAAUACAACAGGCCAGGCAGCAUCAGAAGAGUAAGGAAGUUGACUUUUUGGGUUGGGACCCUUCUUCAGAAAAACUUUAGAAUGGUCCUGACCUGAAAUGUCAACUUUCCUACUCCUCUGAUGCUGCCUGGCCUGCUGUCUUCCUCCAGGCCCAUACCGUGUUACGUAAGGCAAAAGAGUUCGGCUGAUCAAAGAUGUUUCGGGUGGGGACCCUUCAAAUUUUUAAUGAUGCUCUUUAUUUGAGAGAAAUUUUCCUAUGUACAAUUAUUACUCUAGUUAGGCUUCUAACCCAAACUAGCUGUUAGAAUUUAGUUGAUAAUCCAUUGAUGGCGGCACAGUGGCUCAGUAGUUAGCACUGUUGCCUCACAACACCGGGGGCCUGGAUUCGAUUCUGCUUUCAGGUGACUGUCAAGUUUGCAGAUACUCCCUGUCUGUGGAUUUUGUCUGGUUGCUCCAGUUUCCUCCCACAGUCAAGAGAUAUGCAGGUUAAGUAGACUGGCUAAGCUAAAUUGCCCAUAGCAUCUGGGGAUGCGCAGGCUAGGUGGAUUAGCCAUGGCAUAUGUGGGGUUCAAGAGAUAAAGUAGGGAGGUGGGUCUGGGUGGGAUGGUCUUCAGAGGGUCAGUGUAGACUGGAUGGGUUGAAUGGCAUGUUUCCAUACUGUAAGGUUUCUAUGAUUCUAUGAAUAUACUUUAUAAAUCACUCUAACUGCUUUUCAUAUGUCAUUGUUUUGUCAUUGCUGUUACGUCGCCAACCUAUAUACUUAUGCAUUGAGAUCAACUAGUUUUAUAAAAACUUGACAAAAUGGUGUUGUGCCAGUGCACUAUAGUGAUGGACCAUGAUAUAAUAGUGUUGAGGUCCUGAUUAAUACACUUUGUAGAUGUCAGUUAAAUGUUUGUGUGCCAAGUUUUGGCUUUUGCUAGAUAACUAGUGCAGCUAGCGUUUCCAAAAUAUUUUCCAUGUAUUAUUUCAAUUAUGUCAUAAUCUGAGAUCUGUGAAGUUUAAUGAAGAAAAAAACAUUAAAUUUGCAGUGUGCAUUAUUUAACAUUAUUACCUUGUGUUUUCAAUCCUUCCCUCAGGGCUCCUAGGCAUAACUAUAUGCCAAUGCACAUUGCAGUCAAACAAAAUUUAUGAACUAAUGAUGAAACCUGAGGUAAAUGGUAUGAUUUGGACCCAUUACAGAGACAUAGUUGCAGAAUAGCGUAGAUUGGGCCUUGAAUAUUAAACAGUAUGCGAUAUGUAGGAAGGGCAAUAAGCUACAAAAUUUGAAGGGAUUCCUCUGAUUAAGAAUUUUAGCACAAUAGAAGUCCAAGAAUCCUUAGAAUCUGGAAAAGUCCUAGAGGACUGGAAAAACUACCAAGUAAUGUGCCUGUUCAAAAAGGGAAUAAGACAAAAAAAUCUGGCAUGGUGUUAGCUGAAUAUCUGUUAUUAGGAAAACAUUAGACUAUUAUACGGGAUGCAAAAGUAGAGCAUUUUAAAAAAUGCAUAAUAGAAUCAAGAAGAAGUGCCCUUCCAUUUGCCUGGCAAAUUUAUUAGAAUGUUUUGAGGAUGGAUUGAAUGGCCCAUUUCUGUUCCUACAUCACACAGUAUUAACAAGUUAUGUGACGUUAUUAGACUAUGGUGAUAAUCACAGAAGAUUUUAAUCUACAUAAAGAUUGGGAAAAUCAGAUGGGCAAAAGAAAGCUUCGUUGAGGAAUUCAUAGAAUGUUUCUAGGAUAAUUUCUUGAAAUAAACUAUCCUGCACACUAACGAGAAAGUAGGCGAUACUAGACCCAGUAUUGACUAAUGAGAUGGAACAAAUUAAUAAGCUCUUCAUGAAUGUGCUCCAGGCAGCCAGCUUAAUGUAAUUGACUUGUACAUACAGUUUGGAGGUUGGGGGGAGCAGAACUGACUCUAAUUUUAAGUUUUAUAAAAAGGCAGUUGAGAGAUUGAAGGCAGAGCUCGUGAAAGUGAAUUGCUAUUUGAGGUUAAGGGAUUUUAAAAAAGCCUAGGGACAGAGGGAAGCUAUUCAGCCACUUCAGCUUGUUCUGCAAUUCAAUAGACUCAGCCUUAACUCCAUUUUUCCUGCCUGAC